CGACAACUUGGGAAGUUAUUGGGGAAGUCCGAACGGGUUGGCAAUAGUCGCGUACUUAAGGUAGUUAGUAUCCUGGAGAAAAAAACAAACGUUCACCCUUCCACCAUCACUCCCAACCCCAACCACAGUCCCACCACAACCACCACCACAAGUCCACAACCACAACUAACUACGGGUCCCAACAACCCCAACCAUCCCCGCCAUUCACAAUCGCAAUGCCACCCCCCCUCCUAACCCUCGAAGAGCAUUUCUUCGCCACCCCCAUCCCCCCCGGCCUCGAGGCCCAGUACUCCGAGCAGCUGCAGCACAUCCCCGACCUCCUCGCCAAGCUGACCGACCUCGGCGCCCGCCGCCUCCGCGACAUGGACGCCGGCGGCAUCGCCCUGCAGGUCGUCAGCCACGCGCCCGGGCUGGCCGAGUACGGGGCUGCCGUGUGCCGGGACGCGAAUGACCAGCUUGCGGAGGCUGUUGCGGCGGAGCGGGGGCGUGGUGGGCGCUUCGCGGGGUUUGCAGUCUUGCCGAUGGGGGAGCCGGCCGAGGCGGCGGCAGAGCUGCGGCGCGCGGUAAAGGAGCUGGGGUUUGUGGGCGCGCUGGUGGAUAAUCACUGCCGCGGUCGGUUCUAUGAUGGGGAGGAGUAUGAUGUGUGGUGGGAAGCAGUCGAGGAGCUGGAUGUGCCCCUGUAUCUGCAUCCGACGUGGGCGACCGAGGAGAUGAUGGGGAGGUAUCGGGGGAAUUUUAGCGAGGCGGCUGCGGUGAGCAUGGCGUCGAGCGGGUUUGGCUGGCACAGUGAUACGGGACUGCACGUCUUGCGGUUGUUUGCGUCGGGGCUGUUUGACAGGCGGCCGGGGCUGAAGAUUAUUAUUGGGCAUAUGGGGGAGAUGAUCCCGUUCAUGCUGCAGCGGAUCGAGCGGUUGAGCCAGAGAUCAUGGGGCACGUUUCAACGGGAUUUUAGGACUGUGUAUGAGGAGAAUGUCUGGAUCACGACAAGCGGGAACUGGAGUUUGGAUCCGCUGCGAUGUAUCCUGGCCAAUACUAGGCUGGAUCAUAUCCUGUACAGCGUCGACUAUCCGUUCUGGUCGAACGAGUCCGGGCUGGAGUGGGUUCAGGAACUGGAAAAGAGUGGCCUUGUGGAUGAGGAACAGCUCAAGGCGAUUGCCUAUGGGAAUGCCGAGAAGCUGCUCGGUGUCAAGCUGCCGGGAAAUUGCUCUGGUCUGUCGGGUUAGUUAUUAUUAGGACUAAGGACUCUCCAUGCUUACUCAACCUAUCAACCUCAGACAGUCCAGGGAGUCAAGAUAUGAAUGCCGUCCAGGUCACGGAGGCUGCAAGGAAGAAUAAAUAGCAUUCGGCUGG